AUGCAAAUGACUAGUGUAAUGGGAAAAAGUAGAAUCAUUUUAACAAUGACUGCAAGGUUCAUCAACGAAGCAAUAAGUUUCCUAGUCUUUUGUUUCCUUGACCUAGUUGAUUUUCUUCUAUGUUUUCUCUUUAAAUCGGUCGACAUGUUAUUAGACUCCGAAUUUAGACCUUGUUAUUGUUCUUCUUCGGCUAAAGAAGCAAUAACAAGUAGUGGAAAAAUCUUGGUUUCUGAACAAGGAGGUGAAUCGAAAAUCGUUUCGCUUAGUUCGACUAAGUUAAUGUUAGAGGAUAUUUCCGACACUCUUUAUUCUCGUCCUUCGCUGGUUUCUGAGGUUUCCAGGUUAACUAUGAAUGAACUUAAGAGGUUGAAACUGGAAGAUCCUAUUCUUGCUCAAUCUAAGAGAGGAAAUAACUCACGUUGUUCUAGCUUUACUGUUAAUACUACUAUUGUUGAAAUGCUUCAAGGUAAAAUCGGUAAACAUGAUGUUCAUAAUCAAAUCCCUAGAUGGUCAGAUUGUGAUUGUAAAGAAUGUUGCUCUUGGAUUCAACCUAGUCAAACCAAUCUCUAUGUUAAAUCUCAAUUUCCCACUUCAGGUGAAACGAGAGAAGAUGUGUUGUUUAUACAUGGAUUCAUAUCAUCAUCAUUAUUUUGGACAGAAACAUUGUUCCCAAAUUUUUCAAGUGAAGCAAGAUCAAACUAUAGGUUAUUUGCAGUUGAUUUACUAGGUUUUGGGAAGAGUCCUAAGCCAAGUGAAUCAUUAUACACAUUAAGGGAGCACUUAGAUAUGAUAGAGAAAUCUGUUUUGGAGGCCCAUAAAGUUGAAUCUUUCCACAUAGUGGCCCAUUCCUUGGGAUCAAUUUUAGCCCUAGCACUUGCUGCUAAAUACCCUAACUAUGUCAAGUCCAUAACUUUGCUUGCCCCACCUUACUACCCGGUGCCUAAGGGUGAAGCGCAAGCGACACAAUAUGUGAUGAGACAAAUUGCGCCUAGGCGCGUGUGGCCACCGAUGGUGUUUGGUGCAUCGUUGCUGUGUUGGUAUGAACAUAUAACUAGGAUGAUUUGUUUCCUCAUUUGUAAGAAUCAUCGUUUGUGGAUAUUUCUCACCAGACUCAUCACUCGUAAUAGGGUAAGGACUUUCUUGCUUGAAGGAUUCUUUAGUCACACCCAUAAUGCAGCUUGGCAUACACUACACAAUAUUAUAUGUGGAACAGCUGCAAAACUUGGAACAUAUUUGGAAAAAGUGAAAGAAAAUCCAAAUUGCAAAGUUACUAUAUUUCAUGGAAAAAACGAUGAGGUUAUACCUAUUGAGUGUAGCUAUGAUGUAGUGAAAAUGAUUCCAAGUGCAGAACUUAGGGUCAUUGAUGAUAAAGAUCAUAUAACUAUUGUUGUUGGAAGACAGAAAGAUUUUGCUAGAGAAUUGGAAGAGAUUUGGAAUUCUACAAACAAGAAUUGA